GUUUGCGAGCUUUGUACAGUGCGGUGUUCGUGUAGCGCAUUAAACUCACAUACAGCACUAAUAAUCUGAGCUUUAUUCUUCGUUAUCGGACCGAUCAGCCAGAAUGGCGUCUGAAACGCAUGGAUCUUCCUUUAGGGGGAUCAUGACGUUUUACCCCACCAUGGAGGAGUUCAAGGACUUCAGUCGGUACAUCGCUUAUAUAGAGUCUCAGGGAGCGCACAGGGCCGGCCUGGCCAAGAUCGUUCCUCCAAAAGAGUGGAAGCCCCGGCUUUCGUAUGACAAUAUCGAUGACCUGGUUAUCCCAGCACCCAUUCAGCAGGUGGUGACGGGUCAGUCGGGUCUUUUCACCCAGUACAACAUCCAGAAGAAGCCCAUGACCGUGAGGGAAUUCCGCAAAACGGCCAACAGUGAUAAGUUCUGCAGCCCUCGAUACGAUGAUUUUGAAGAGCUGGAACGGAAGUACUGGAAAAACUUAACCUUUAACCCUCCCAUCUAUGGAGCAGACGUGAACGGUACCCUCUACGAUCCUGGCAUCGACGAGUGGAACGUGGGCCGCCUGAACACCAUCCUGGACACGGUGGAGCACGACAGCGGGAUCACCAUCGAGGGAGUGAACACGCCCUACCUCUAUUUCGGCAUGUGGAAGACCACGUUCGCCUGGCACACCGAGGACAUGGACCUCUACAGCAUCAAUUACCUGCAUUUCGGGGAGCCCAAGUCCUGGUACGUGGUGCCUCCAGAGCACGGGAAACGACUGGAGCGCCUAGCCAAAGGAUUUUUUCCUGGUAGCUCUCAGAACUGUGAAGCGUUCCUCAGACACAAGAUGACUUUAAUCUCGCCGUCCAUCCUGAAGAAAUACGGCAUCCCGUUCGAAAAGAUCACCCAGGAGGCCGGCGAGUUCAUGAUCACGUUCCCGUACGGCUACCACGCCGGCUUCAACCACGGCUUCAACUGCGCCGAGUCCACCAACUUCGCCACGAAACGAUGGAUCGACUACGGGAAGCAGGCCAUCCUGUGUUCGUGUCGUAAGGACAUGGUGAAGAUCUCCAUGGACGUGUUCGUGAAGAAGUUCCAGCCCGAGCGCUACGAGUUGUGGCUGGCCGGGAAGGACAACGCGCCCAUCGACCACGCCAAACCCACCCCCGAGGCGGCCGAGUUCACGGGGGGCGAGAGAGGAGACCUGAGCCGCAAGGAUCUCUGCACACAGAGCACGAACGACGACGCGCACAGGAAGAGCGUGGCUAAACAGAGGAUCGGCACCAAGAGGCACCGCGUGUGUUUGGAGGUGCCCGACGACGUCCUACCGGCCGAAUACGGCAAGAAGGGGCGGCUCUCACCACAGGCCGAGCGGAGCAGGGAAAAUACCAAAUCCGGCGAGCGGGCGUCUCUGUUCCCGAUGGCGCACGUCGGUUCUGUGAAAGCCGAACAUCCCUCUGGAAUCUCGGUGCCCUCAGUAGCAUGGCCUCGGGUGCUGAAGAAAUGCCAGCUGUCCAUCGCCACGAUCCCCAUGGCACCCCAGUCUCUGUCUGCUCUGAGCAGGAGCCCCAGCAAGCCCGGGGUGGCCAGUCUGCUCUUCCACAGGACGCUGAGCCCUUCGGACGCUCUGCAGGUCCACACCUACGCCGCGAAGAUGGCGGAAUCCAAGCCGAACGCCAUCAAGGACCACGAGAAAUCUGACCCGGUGUCCGAUCCUGCGUCCGACCUGAUGCCCAGCGAGCAGGAGCGAGAGAGUGAGAAAGAGAACCAGAGCAUGAAGAGGAAGCUGCAGCCUCUCAGCAACCUCCCUCAUCUCCAUCCUCUACUGAGAGACAGCUCCAGCAAUGAAGAGCUGCAAGAGUUGGUGGAGCCGGCCGUGAACUCUCAGGAGUCGGACCCCUGGGCCCGAUUACUCGAUCCUCUCUGGCAGAGCAGGCCGUGCAUCUUCAAAGUGGAGCGGGAGUACAAUCGGCGGAUGGGCCUCCAGCCUCCCUACUGCGCCGUGUGCAGCCUGGUGCACAUGUAUGAACAGAACGAGCUGAACACGUUAAAUCAGGGAAAUCCCGCGGCUACCCCUGACCCCGCCCAGAGGACCACGCCCCUGAUCCCUGAGAUGUGCUUUACCGGGAGUUCGGACGGACAGUUUUCGACUCCGCAGCUGUGUGAGGACGGGACGAGUCCCCUGAUCAGCUGCUCCGUGUGCUGUGUCCGUGUUCACACCAGUUGUUAUGGAGUGCCUCUGGAGAGCAGCUCGGAGGGUUGGAGUUGCUCACGAUGCGAGGCGAACGCUUUUGAUCAGGACUGCUGUUUGUGUUCUUUAAGAGGAGGAGCGCUGCAGAGAGCCAACAACGACAAGUGGGUGCAUGUGUUGUGUGCAGUAGCGGUGGCUGAAGCUCGCUUCGUGAACAUUGUUGAGCGCAGGCCGGUGGAUCUCAGUGCGAUACCUCUGCAGAGAUUUAAACUGAAGUGCCAGUACUGCCGAAAACUGGUUAAGAAGGCUUCAGGUUGCUGCGUUCAGUGCUCGCACGGGCGCUGCCCCUCUUCCUUCCACCCCACGUGCGCCCAGGCUGCGGGCGUGCAGAUGCACCCGGACGACUGGCCCUUCGUGGUUUUCUUCACCUGCUGGAGGCACAAAGGAGGGACGCACGGCGAGCGUAACAAGGCGUCUCUGAGGGAGCUGGCGGCGGGGCAGAAGGUCAUCUGCAAGCACAAAAACAACCGCUACUACCAGUGUGAGGUGGUGGAGCUGACCAAAGCCACCUUCUACGAGGUCGUCUUCGACGACGGCUCGUUCAGCGACAAUCUCUUCCCCGAGGACAUCGAGAACAGAGACUGUGCGCGGCUGGGACCUCCUGCGGAGGGCGACGUGGUGCAGGUCCGCUGGACCGAUGGUCUGAUUUACGGAGGCAAGUUCGUGGCGGCUCAUGCCAUCCCCAUGUACCAGGUGGAAUUUGAGGACGGGUCCCAGCUGACGGUGAAGCGUGACGACGUGUUUUGCCUGGACGAGGAGCUUCCCAAACGGGUCCGGGCUCGACUGUCCGUGGCGUCCGACAUGCGCUUCAAAGGCGUCUUCGUGGAGAAGGAGGUGAAGCAGGACUCGAAGCGGCAGCGCUUCGUCAACUCGCGAUACCGGGAGGACUACGUCGAGCCGUCCGUCUACAGAGCCGUCAUGGAGUGAUCCGGGGGCCGGCUCGCACCGGACACACCGAACACCAGCGUGAAGCAGACGGCAGCGUCUCCGGUUCAGAGUGAGAGUCCACGCCGGCGUCCCGGACCUCACUCUGUUUUAUUUUCCGUCCUGGUUUUUUUUUUUUUUUUUGGGACAGUGCCGCACAGUCACAAGUAAUCCACACACACACACACACACACAAUUAAAUACGGGUAACUGGUACCACAUUAGAGCUUUUCCACUGUCAGAACCGGUGCUGGUUCAGAAUCGCUAACCCAAAGUGAUUGAUCAUAUAUAUAAAUAACCUGAGCAACCAUCGAGCACUGUAGCCUCAGAACAAAAAGGUCCUGGGUUCGAUUCCCAGCGGUGUGGAGUUUGCAUGUUCUCCCCACGUCCGUGUGGGUUUCCUCCGGGUGCUCCGGUUUCCUCCCACAGUCCAAAGACUGUGCAGUUAGAAUAAUUGGAGGUACUAAAUUGGCCUUAGAUAGUGUGUGUGCCCUGCGAUGGACUGGCGCCCUGUCCAGGGUGUUUCUGUUUGCCUUGCUUCCAUUGAGAGCUCCUGGCAUAGGCUCCAGCACCCCCUGUGACCCUGAUCAGGAUUAGCGGAAUAAGCAGGAUGCUCACUCACUUUCAUGUUACACAGACAGGCUUUGUCGUGCCAGACGAUAAUGAGUAACGGUGACGCCAGCAAAUGUUAAUGCUGUCGGCCCGGCCGGGCGUCCAGCAGGCAUGAGUGAGGGAUGCUCAGACAGGUUCCAGACAGACGAUCCACAGACAGCAGAGCGUGACUCUGCGUACGCCAUACUGCUCUCUACUGUGAGAUAAAAAGAAGUGGUUGGUGAUGGUGCGCAGCCCUCCUCGGUCAGGACGGGUGUGGUGCAGCAGAUUGGGUGCAAAAAAAAUGAAAGAAAACCGCCAGUCUAUAUUUUUGACAUUUAUUAAACCUAUCGAUGCAUAAUAAAUUACUCCUGAUCACAGGUAGGACGUGUUUACAGCAGCUUUCAUAUCAAACAAGAGGAAAAUGAAUGAAUAUUCCGUCUGUAGCCGUUCGUGAGGCUAUGACUUGUUGACGGCGGAGCUGGACUGGUGUUGACUUAACAAUUGUCUGCAUUACUCAGCAUUUCACACCCACAUACACACACACACCCACACCAAGAGUUCCUAAGCAUUAAUUUGACAGUUCAGACUUCAUCGUGGGUGAUUAAGGUGGUCAUUACACAUCUCAGCGUAGCGAAAUAAUUUUAACUAGUUUAACGAGUUUCCUCUGAACCAGCACCGGUACCGCACCUGUAGAAAGCAUCUCCUGACAGAAUGAGACCAGACCACACCGAUCGAACACGUAGAACUAUAAUGUUGUGUUCAGUAGCGCCAACGUGGCCAGAAAUCGAUGCGCAUUAACAUGGAACCGCAUUCCUUCCCCUCUCGGCGAUAGUAAUUAAUAAUGUCGGCUUUCUGACCGGAGAUGUUUGUGAGUCUUCAAGGUCUGCAAAGCGUUCUGCAAUACGUGAAUCUCAAGGAUGAAUAGCGUGUGUGUGUGUUAGCCUGGAGCGGCGUUCACUGUGCGUCUACUGUAAAGAUUCUAAAGAACUCUCUCUCUCUCUCUUAUUAUUAUUUUUAGAACGCUCUGGUCUUCUAUUCUCUAGCUGUUUAUUCAGCUGUUCUGGGUUUGAUUUCGAUUUAAUUUAUAUCUAUCAAGUUUCAGAAAUGAAUAUGUCUCGUUACAGCCGGGCGGGUUUAGCUUUGUUUGUAAAGAUGUAUUUAUAUAUUAUUAAAUGUGCAUCCUCCCCCUCGGCUAUCGGUUUUCUACUCUUUUUACUCUCUUAGUUGGUAGAAACGAGGGUUUUAAUUGGUAGAUUGGUGAGUAUGAGAGUAUUGAUGGAUGAUAAUUGAUGCACUUAAUGAUAGUUUAUAGUGGAUUUGUUAGUAAAAUGAGGAAAACGGCUUCCUGUUACGUCUCUGAAAUGUUAUAGCGGGUAUAAAUACACUCCUGUCUGCUUACGUUCAUUAUUAAAGCAGCUUCAUUUUGUCUCUGCAGUUCCUUCCUUAUUUGUUUAUCAAUCUAAAUUAAAUUGCAGCUUUUAUUUGGUGUAAUUGCAUAUAUGGGUGAUGGACAGGAAAAUGGAACCCUGUAUCAAUAAAAACAUCAAGAUUUCAAGAA